CGGGUUGUUUUUCAUCGGGUCGACUGCCAGUCUGCCGCCGCUAUCAUCCUUCUCCGUCCUUCUCCGUAACCCCGAACACCCAACUUAAAACCCUAACAAAUUUGUUAGGGUUUCUGUUUCAUUUCUUACCUGAAACUUUACUUGGGGUUCAAUCUUCAUUCGCUCCAUUAAAAUUUUGGACUCUGGUGACCAGAACUUUCCAAAACCUAUCUUCAAGUCGGAAACCCAUUUAGGGUUUUUGCUUGCCUAGUUACCGAAGAUAAGUUAGAUUUUCUAGUCUGUAUUCAAAACCCAGUUGGGAAUUUCAGUCCUUUACAACCUGUUUGAAUUUCAGUUCAUCUUUGAAGCCUAUUAAGAAAAUUUUUAGUUUACCCUCAAAGUCCGAUAGGGAAUUUGGAAGAGACCUCGUUGGUUUUUCAGUUCAUCUGCAAUACCCACUUCAAUCAACUAGAUUUAUUCCUUUCCUUCAAAAGAAAUGCAGCAACCUGCAACCCCAAGUGCUGUUCCUCCAAGUCCAUCAGCUACGUCACCGACGCCUCCUGCUUCAAAGGAAAAAGAACCCCAGAAAAGAAAACUCCCAACCCCACAAGAGCUUGUAGCCCAUUAUGAAUCUCAGGGGAUGGAAACCAAGGAAGCUUCGAUGAAAGUUAUUGAAGAUCUCCAGUCCGUAUUGGUUCAAGUGGUGAGCUCCGGCAGAGGAAGGAAGGAUAAGUUCAUGGCGGAGAGUUCACGAAAGCUCGAUACGGCCAAUACGCGCCUCGCGAUUUUGGAGUUGAAGAUGGAUUCAAAGCCUGGAUAUGGAGAAACUUUGGCAAUUGGAGUUGCUGCUGGUGCGAUUGUGAGAGGAGUUGGAAACGCCUUUCCUCAUGUUGUGGGAGCAAUUGGGCAAAUGUGGGAUGCUGUUAAAAGCUCUACGAGGUCCUGAACGUAUUGUGACUGAUGGAUUCUCGAGGAGCAGGAAGUGGUUAGUACUGGCAUUACUUGAUUAGGUAAUUUUUUGAAUUAUCUAAACAGGGGAUUUUGGUUUUCUGCUGAAGAAUUUCUGUUUGUUUGACCAUGUUAGCUAUGGUUGAGACUUGAGAGCAGAUUUAGCUAGUAACUUGUUUAAAUUAGUCAAUCUUUCUCAAUUAUAUUGGAACUGUAAUGAAGUUUGAAGGUUUAGGAACUUCAACAAGUUGUGCUCGGAACCAAUCUCUUUGUGAGAAGAUUGUAAAGGGUUAUUUUUAGUUGACAAAGCACCUAGGCAGGGUUAUUGAUAUACAGGUUUGACUAUCAAGUUUUCUUGAUGUUGUUACACUAGGCUAUAAAACUUUCAAAGCCCUCUGACCUUCUUCUGGACAGAGUUGUGCGUUUGAUGGUCAAUUUGGAAUGCCAUGUUUGCAAUUGCCACCACACGGCAUCAUCCAGAAUAGUUGAUUUCCAUCUUUGGGAUAUUGAAGAAGACAAGUCAAACACACAUUGAUAAUUGAAAUCGGAUCAGAUGCAAAUGAGCUCAGGCACCAUAUAUUUGAUAUACUGAGGCUCAAGAUAGAAUCUAAUUGUUAAGAUGUUGAAGCCUGAAGGGCAUGAUGAUAAUUGUCAAGAGUCAAGACACUUUUGAGAAAACUCCAGUGGACUGUAGUGGAUCAUUUUAGACUGAAAUCUUGAGGUGAUUGAUUGACAAAUCCUAAUUAAAUUCUCAUGCAUUUUGAUUAGGAAGAACCAUAUACCAUGUUGAUGCAAAAUUGAAUUUGUUUGCUCAGUUCAUGGAUUGCAGUGUAGUGAAAACAAAACCAACAUGUUGUCGAACACCCCCUUGAUGUUUCAGAGUAAGUUUUCACACUUUUCAUCUACUGAAUGUUAUUGCCAUUGAUAGCUGUUGUUGUUGCAACAGCAGCAGAUUAUCCAGUGGUGCUCAAGUUUGGAUUAGUGGCUGUGUAAUUUAUGUAUCUCCUAAAUGGAUGGAGUGCCCCCAUCCCUACAUGCAUAUAUGAUUCUUAGGCUAUGGAUUCUUCAGGGACAAUUCUAGCACUAAUAGUUAAUGUAUGUGCAUUCAAUCCAUUUUUUCCUAAUCCAAGAUAAGCCUUUACACCCUUUACCUAUAUGUAUAAGGUGUUAGAAUUGAAAACAUAUGUACUAUUUUAUUAAUAUAUACUUUUCUUUUGAUUUAUUGACUCCAUGCUUUCCCAUAAUGUGGAUUUUCUAUUCUUUU